GCACAGGCACAGCGGCGGCAGCGCAGCAGCGAUUCGCAGUGUCCGGAUGUGAAGAUCCGUAAACGUUGAACACUCGUCAGUGAAGCUUGGGCCAUACUUCUGAUGUCUUUGAGUGCACCGUGACGUCUUCUCUCCUGCUUGCGUGAGACCUGGUGCAGUGAUGCGGAUGCAGCAUCUUCCAUGGUCAUCUCAAGUGGUCCCUUGCGUCCCUCCGUGAUCUUACGAAACUCUUCACGAACCUGACCUUGGGCAGCAAUUUGAAUGGAUCCGGUUCAGUCCUCAAGUCAUGGUGAGGGAGCUGCACUUUUGGGAGAGAUCAGCUGCCCACUAAAAGCCCCCAAGGACAUCUGGUUUGGAUGCUGUUUCUGCACCUAUGUCAACACAGAUCAUCGUGGGAUUGUGAGCCACCUGGUUGCUCAUGUUGAUGAACAAUCGAAGUUCCAGCGACCUCCCAUGUCAUUUGGCUCUACAUACCAGGUGCCAAGCAACACUGAAAAGCACAAGAGUGAUAAGUUGUUUAAGUGCAAGCUGUGUCCCCUAGCCUUUUCUCACAUUUCUGCACUGAGCAGGCAUUAUGGAACACACACUGGUGAAAGACCUUAUAAGUGCAAGCUGUGUCCCUUAGCUUUUUCUCACAAUUCCACACUGACCAUUCACAAUGAGAUACACACUGGUGAAAAGCAAUUUAAGUGCAAGCUUUGCCCAGAAUCAUUUGCUCUGGAUUCAUCUCUGAGAAAGCAUAAGUCAACACACACUGUUGAAAAGCCAUUUAAGUGCAAGCUUUGCCCCCGAGCCUUUGCUCUCAUUUACUAUCUCAGGAGGCAUAAUAUAACACACUCUGUUGAAAAGCCAUUUAAGUGCCAGCUGUGCCCCCAAGCCUUUGCUGACAGUAGCGGUCUGUCUCAUCACAGUAAAACACACAUAGUUGAAACACCAUUUAAGUGCAAGCUUUGCACAAAAUCAUUUGCUCUGAAUUCAUCUCUGAGGAAGCAUAACUUAACACACACUGGUGAGAAGCCAUUUAAGUGCAACCUUUGCCCAAAAGCCUUUGCUCAGAAUUUAGAUCUGAGAACGCAUUACCGAACACACACUGAUGCAAAGCCAUAUCGGUGCAAGCCAUUUCGGUGCAAGCUGUGCCGCCGUUCCUUUGUCCACAACAGCAGUCUGUUCCGCCACAACCAAACGCACAUAGGUUAAGCCGUUCAAGUACAAACUUUGCCCCUGAGAGUUUGCUCAUAAUUCCCUUUUGACUGUCCAUAAUUGUACACACACUGGUGAAAACCUGAUAAGUGUGAGCUGUGCCCUUUGCUCACAAUUUCACUCUGCUUUACAACAAUAAAAAACACGGGAGAAAAAACAUACAAUUGCAAGCUAUGCCCUCAAGCCUUCUUGGGAAAAUUAAUCUGUCCAGUCAUCGAACAAACACCGAUGAAAAGCCAUUUAAGUGCAAGGUUUGCCCGAAAGUGUGCUUACAAUUCUCUUUUGACCCUUCAUAAUUGGGUGCACUCGGGUGAAACACCUUAAAACUGCAAGCUGUGUUCGCACGUUUUUGCUAAAAAUUUUCUACCAACUAGGCAUAAUUGAACACAAAGGAGAAACGUCCUUUCAGUGCAAGAUGUGAUUCCAGAGUCUACUCGGGAAUCACAUCUGAAAUGCAGGAAACUUUCGUUAGUUCGACCUCGGUUAAUUCGACUUUUCGUUUAAUUUGAUCGUGUUCAAAAGUCUCAGCAAGCGCCCAUACAUUUCUAUGGGAGGAAAAGUUCAGUAGUUUGAACCUCGGGAGGACUUCCUAUCGGAUAAUUUGUCCCGAGCGAUUGCGCACGGGCUCACAUUGCAUGGCACCGCGGCAGAGAAACCACAAACGUACAGCAAAACACGGGCCCUUUGCUGCAAAGCCGAACGUGCGGAAAUAUGUGCCUGCUUUUCUACGCCGUUAAGAUCGACUGUAGCGAAUGACACCAGCGCAACCACUCUGGCGUGGAGUAGCGCGGAAAACGUAACAUCUGGUCGGGCGCGGCGCGCACGAGCCAGCGCGCGCUCUCAAAGAGUUUUUCUGUAGCAUCGUGUGCGCUCCAUCUUACGCACCGGAAAGUGUAAGUUCUCUUUUCCUUUUUUUUUUUGGGUUGUUAUAUUUUCUUUGUCGCCGGCGGUCUGGCCGCCCGGCGCCAAAGUUGCCUCAAAGCUUUCUCAGCACACGCUCUCAAAACGCUUCUCCAUAGCAUCGUGUGCGGUCCAUCUUGCGCGUCGGAAACCGGAAAUUUCUUUUGUUUUGUUUUGUUGAGCGUGCGGAGUUGAAGUCGGCUCGUAAAACUUGCUUUUUUUCGUUUUUUCUUUCUUUUUUUUUUUUGUAUACGAUUUUUUGGGGACGUGACGUUUAGUUACGCUGCUCUCCGAAGCAUGCUUUUGGACAUGCGUUUUAAGCGCAGACGGCAUCAGACCAUCCGUGAGUACUUUGGACAAUAAAAGGAAGUUUAGUUCUAACCGUUUUUCUGUCCUUUUUUUAAUUCAAUCAUUCGGAUAAUUCAACCAAAUUUCAAGGUCCCUUCGAGGUCGAAUUAGCGAAUGUUUACUGUACCAUAAUCAAAGACACUGGUAAAAAGUC